GGCUGCAUGCUGACUUGAAACAUCUCAUCAUGAAGCUGCUGUGCAAAGCUCCUGAGAUGCGCCUGGGUGUGUGCGGUUACAUCAGAAAGCAUCCAUUCUUUUCCAUCAUUGGCUGGGAGGAACUGGAGGAGAGGAGAGCAGAACCACCAUGCAUACCAUUCCAGACAGUUCUGCAAAAUAAACAUCUGCAGUGGCCGGCGGACACCACAACCCUUCACCCCAUGCUCGGCUUUGACUACCGGUCACCAAGCUGGGAAAGGUGGAGGAGGAGAUGUGGACUGUGAAGGGAUCCAAUACCAUCUGGUGAGUGUCCUCUAUACACACAUAACACUUAUAUCAGUACAUUAUAUGUGAUGUCACUGGAAUCUAGAUGGUUCAGUAUAAGCUUUUAACAUGUCUUAUGUCUUGCAGAAUGUGCCCACAGCUACUGCCCAGAACUGUCAGCCUCCUUACCCAUUCCAACGUCUCUGCUGCUGUAUGACCCCUCAGCUGCCACAGAACAUCAUUCUCUCUCCGUAACAUCUUUAUGCCGCACUUAUGUCAUCUUGCUGCUGCCCCAGGACCUUGACUUGGCAUCCUCCAAUCCUGGGCUGGCAUCUAACAUCACUUCAGCCCGAAGACCAUCUACGCCCCCCUGGAGCAGCCUGUGCUCAGUUUCCAUCUGUGAAUUCAGGAACAAUAGCCGCUUGUAGGAGUCCUGGGGCGCUAAAUCUAUCAGAAAGGCUAUCGUCCCUGAACUCACCUCAGCACAGGCUAGGUAAGUAGUGCACACACCACAUCCACAUCAUGCACACUACAUGAUAGGUAUAGGAACCCACACAUAGACCACAUAAUAGGUAUAGGCACCUACAUAUAGACCACAUACAUAGGGAGAUUAGAUAUUGGCUUGAUCCAGGGAUUUAUUCUGACCGCCAUAUUUGGGGUUGGGAAGGAAUUUUUCUCCUUGAUGAG